UUGACACAAAAGACAAGCUUUACUUAGAGGAGGAUGCAAAAGAUACAUUGGGAUGGUGACGUGAAGAUAGGAAACUACGAGGAAACUAAGAAGCCUGAAUGUUGGUUGGUAAGUCAAAAAGCGAGUAGCUAUCGUUUUCAUAGACUUUCCUAAUUUGGAAACCAACUUCAAUGAUAUUCCAAGUCAGUCUUAUGUCAGUACUCACCUAACAGAGAAGCUUAUUGACUAAAGCAAGACCAAGGUCAAGAGACUUAAUCAGCUAAACGGACGGCAUCUAUUACAUUAGGAAACACUUAAUAAUUUCCACGAUGUUUCCAUGAGAUACAAGUUAUGUUGGUUGAACGUACAUUGUAUAUAACUUUACCCUUGUUGUUGUUGUACUUUAUGCAUUUUCUAGUAAACUUUUUUUUUAAAAAAGAAUAGAAGCAAAGAGUGUUAGAAAUGAUGAAGAGAGGUGAACUUUGUGAAGAAGAAGAAACUUUGUUUCUCUCACAUUCUCCUUCUUCUCCUACGCAAAACUCAUGGAGCCAUUAUCACAAUCUCUUCCCUGGAGACUCUUCUUCGAGUUCGAGUAGGUUAAGUCUCCGAUCACCGUCUGAUUACUCCCUCUCCAGCUACUUUUCAAACGGACAGUGUAACGGUUCCUCUCAGUUCACGCCAACUACCAAGUAUGAUCAUGGUUUGAGUCUAUGUGAAAGUCUCCUUCAUCGUUUGAACAUCAGAGAAGAAGAAGAGCAAGAGUUCAACAAUUACUCUGUUCCAUCCUUCUCUCCUUGGAGAAGCUGCGUUGGAAGCUUGUCUAAUCAUCAUCAAGGAAGCAGCGGUAACAAGAUCCAUCCGAGGCUUCGUGACUUACAGGGAUAUGUUUACUUGAUGGCCAAAGAUCAGCAUGGAUGCAGAUCCUUGCAGAGGGUCCUUGAAGAUGGAUCUUCUAUAGACGCUAUGGUCAUUUUCAACGAGGUGAUUCCUCAUGUUGUUGAGCUUAUGAUAAAUCCCUUUGGGAAUUACUUGAUGCAGAAGUUAUUAGAUGUUUGUAAUGAAGAACAGAGGACAACGAUCAUACUCAUUGUUACUUCAGAACCAGGUCUGCUUGUCCGGAUAGCACUCAACCCUCACGGUACUCGAGUUGUCCAGAGGUUAGUGGAAUCAAUCAAAACCAAGAAGCAGAUUUAUCUAGUGACAUCAGCUUUGAGACCUGGAUUUCACAACCUGGCUAUUAAUGUGAAUGGGAAUCAUGUGAUUCAACGUUGCUUGCAGUGCCUUAUCACACAAGAUAACAAGUUCAUAUUUGAAGAUGCUACUAGGUUCUGCAUUGAUAUCGCCACACAUCAACAUGGAUGCUGUGUUCUACAAAAAUGCGUUGCUUAUUCCACUGGACAACAACGAGAGAAGCUCAUAACCCAAAUCUCUAGAAACAGUCUCUUCCUUGCUCAACACCCUUAUGGGAACUACGCAGUGCAAUUCAUUAUAGAAAUGAGGGAUUUUCAAGCGACUGCCAUGGUUCUUGCGCGGUUAAAAGGACAUUAUGUAGAGCUCUCAAUGCAGAAAUUUAGUAGCCAUUUGGUGGAAAGAUGCUUAACACAUUGUGCAGAGAGCCGUCCUCAGAUAGUGCUUGAACUCAUCUCUGUCUCUCGUUUUGAUCUUCUAAUUCAAGACCCCUAUGCAAAUUUUGUCAUCCAAGCUGCUCUUUCUGUCACCGAGGGUUCACUUCAUGCCUAUCUCAUUGAAGUCAUUAGGCCUCACUCAAAUCUACGUAGAAAUCCUUAUUGCAAAGGAAUUUUCUCAAGAAAUCUCACGAGGAAAUGAAGAUCGUAAAGGCUUCUAAUUAAUCUCUGGUGGUGGUGGGUUGAGCGUUUAACUUCAAAAUCUGCUGUUGUUUUCUUCUUGUCCAAGUUUGUUCUAUGAAAAAACUCAAACCUCCUUACUUGGUCUAUCUAAGGCAAUGUCUACUCCCAGACAUAAGACAAUGGUCUUUUCUCUCUUGUUGUUUUUGUUAUUGUCGCAUUUGAUUAGAUCUUGGAAUGAAAUUUUAUGUGGUGGAUAUCAUGUAUUUCUAAACGGGUUUGGUCUUACAAAUUUAAUAAUUUAUUGCUAUAUUUUUUUUUUGA